AUGGCGCCAAUCGCCCCCCGGCCCAUCAAGCGAUUACUCGUGAUCAACAGAGGCGAAAUCGCCACCCGAAUACUGUCGUCCGCGCGCGAGCUCGGCAUCGACACCGUCGCCGUCUACACCGAAAACGAUGUCUCGCACACUUACAAUGCCCGCCAGGCGGUGCAAUUAAGCUCUCCCGCAUCGUACAUGGACGUCGCCGGCAUGGUGGACGUCGCGAAGAAAUACAGCGUCGAUGCCGUGCACCCGGGGUAUGGCUUCCUCUCGGAAUCUGCGGAUCUCGCGGCCCAGAUGGCGGAGAUUGGCGUCAUGGUUGUUGGGCCUGGGGCGGAGAAUCUGAGUCGCACGGGAGACAAGCUGUCGGCUCGGCGUCUUGCGGAGGAGUGUAAUGUGCCUGUUCUACCGGCAUUCACUCGGCCUACCGGGAAAGUAGAGGAGGUGAGGAAGUUUGCGGAGGAGAAUGGCUUGCCGGUCAUGAUCAAGGCUGUUGACGGUGGUGGAGGGCGGGGUAUCAGACUGGUACGGAACAUGGACGAUCUCAAAAGCCUGACGACUCGCGCUAUCGAGGAGAGUCCGUCGAAACAGGUGUUUGCAGAGAGGGCUGCCGUGGAUGGCUUCCGCCAUGUCGAAGUGCAGAUCAUCGGCGAUGGCAAGGGCAAUGUCAUGCAUCUCUGGGAGCGAGAGUGCAGCAUUCAACGAAGAUAUCAGAAGAUUGUCGAGCUUGCUCCCAGCAUGACUGUCGAUCGGACGAAAGUCGCGCCUGUCAUAGAGUCGGCCGUGGCCAUGGCUAAGAAGGUCCGAUACGCUUCUCUGGGCACAUUCGAGUUCUUGUUCAACCCGAAGACCUCCGAGUAUUUCUUCCUCGAAAUUAAUCCCAGACUCCAAGUCGAGCAUACCAUCACCGAGUCAAUCUGCUCCGUCGACAUCGUCAAGACGCAGCUCCGCAUAGCCCAAGGCGCUUCAUUCGAGGAAGCCGGCCUAACUGAUUUAUCCCAAGACCCCGUCCAACCACCAAAAGCCUUCUCAAUCCAGCUCCGCAUCACCGCAGAAGACCCCGAGAAAGCGUACUCCCUCAGCAUCGGCAAAAUCCAGUCCUUCCGCUUCCCCUCCGGCAACGGGAUCCGCGUCGACACGCACCUCGUCGCCGACGUCCCGGCAGUCAUCAGCACCGACUUCGACAGCGUCAUUGCCAAACUCAUCCUCACCGCGCGCACCUGGCAAGACGUGGUGAUCAAAGCCCAGCGAGCGCUGCAGGAUACAUCGAUCAAAGGCAUCGCGACCAACCUCGCCCUCCUCCGUGCGAUCGUGAACCACCCCGACUUCGAAGCAGGCGCAUGCGACACGCAAUGGCUCGAAGCGAAGCACGACGAGCUCCUAAAACGCAGCCAAGACAUCGCAUCCAAGACCAAAGACCCCCUUCACGGACUGGUGAACACGCAAUCCGCCAGCCAAUCCGGCGGAGCGCUCUCCGGCGCCUCGACCAUGUUCCGCAAAGACGACGCCUGGUCCAUCACCCUCACCCCAACAUCAGGUGAUGCUACAACGCAAAAACACCACCUGCAGCUCACCAAAGUCCUCAAAAACGACUUCCCCACCUCCUUCGCCGCCGAACUGUCAUACACCAUCCAAGGCGCCGGCGAAGCGCAGACUUUCCGCAUGGACAUGGAGAGCACGCGCGCGUCAGGCUCCACGCUCAACAGCCAGCACCCACAGGGCGACAAGGGCAAUCGGGACCACGUGAUUCUGCCCAUUUCGGGCAAGUUGGUGGAAGUGCUGGUGGAUGUGGGGGACGUGGUGGCGAAGGACGAGGCGAUUUGCGUGGUGAAGCAGAUGAAGAUGGAGAUUGAGAUUCGGGCGCAUAAGGCGGGGACGGUGGUGUGGGUGACGGAGGCGGAGGAUGAGGAGGAUGUGGCGGAGGGGAUGUUGGCUGCUGUGGUGGAGGAUGAGGCGCGGGCGAAGUUGUAG